CUCAAGCGGUGGCCUGGCAGCUGCGCACCUCACCGGCCUCAGGCAGCCAAGCCCCGAACUAAGAGAGCAUCCUCACCUGGUAAGAGGGAGGAGGGGAACUUGGUGCGAGCCUCCUGCGGCGCCAGAGAGCCCCCGGAGCCCACCCUGCCGCGGCGGUUGUUAAUGCCUGGGAGCAACCAAGGUUCAUUUGUUUUCUUUCCGGAUGUUUGUCUUAAACAUGGACAAAUACACCGCCUUCCAGGGUCGUACUGUUUACCUUGCCAGCAGAACAUCUUUUUACUUCAAGACGUUUGAUACUCCCAAUCUCUGAAUUCUGGUGUUUAUGUUGAAUAUGCCUUAUUAGCAUACUAAAAUGGCUGUACCCAAAGACGCCAUCCCUUCCUUGUUGGAAUGCCGGUGCCAGAUCUGUGUGGAAAUCCUAAUUGAGCCGACACUCGCUUGUAACCACACGCUCUGUAAACCAUGCUUCCAAUCGACUGUCGAAAAGGCAAAUUUGUGCUGUCCCUUCUGUCGAGGCCAGGUCUCUUCAUGGACUCGGUACCGUACCCGAACAAAUUCUCUUGUCAAUACGGAACUGUGGGAGAUAAUUCAAAAACACUAUCCAGAGGAAUGCAAGCUUAGAGCCUCUGGGCAAGAAUCAGAGGAAAUUGUUGAUGACUAUCAGCCAGUUCGCCUAUUAAGUAAACCUGGGGAAUUAAGAAGAGAAUAUGAAGAGGAGAUAAGCAAGGUGGAGGCAGAGCUACAAGCCAAUGAGGAAGAAGAAAACAAAGCCAGUGAAGAAUACAUACAGAGAUUACUGGCAGAGGAGGAAGAAGAGGAAAAGAGACAGGCAGAAAAAAGGCAAAGAGAGAUGGAAGAACAACUGAAAAGUGAUGAAGAGCUGGCAAGAAAGCUAAGCCUUAAUAUUAACAAUUUCUGUGAGGGGAGCAUCUUGGCUUCGCCCUUGAAUUCUGAAAAAUCUGAUCCAGUCACAACCAAGUCACAGAAGAAAAGUAAGAACAAACAAACAAACACUGGACAUAUUCAAAAGUAUUUGUCACCUAAAUCUCAACUUGGGUCAGCAUCACAGUCUGAAGUUGUACAAGAAGACAGGAAAGACUCCAUAUCUAAGGAAACUGACAGCAGUGAUGUGAAGAGCCCGACAUGGCAAGACACAGAAAUUGAGGAAGAUAUGCCAACACUUUCUCCUCAGAUAUGCCUUGAAGUUCAACAACAAGGUGCACAAUCCUCAGUGGAGUCACCUAUACCUCAGUUAUGUGCCAGUGGUAGAGAAUGGCGCCUUGAAGGAAAAGUCAAAACAAGACCAAGCAAUCAUGAAAAAGAGUUAUGUGUCAUAAAUCAUGAGGGACCUGAAGCCAGAGUUCCCUACUCUGGAGAAGCUGCAGUUAAGCCUUGUGGCAAAACAGAGAGUCGGUGCACUGUAUCAGAUAUGACACUUGAGACAGAAAAUGAAGAGUCUCACCUACUGAUCAGUAAAGAUAUCUCCAAAAGAAAAAACCAGGAAUCUUUGUCUGAAGCUGUCAAGGAUCCAUGCUUUUCUGCAAAAAGAAGAAAAAUGUUCCCCAAAGCUUCCUCAGACCAAGAAGAAACAGAAAUCAACUUUACCCAAAAACGGAUAGAUUUGGAAUGUCUACUUUUUGAGAGACGUAAACAAGAAGAACAGGACAGGUUAUUAGCAUUACAGCUUCAGAAAGAGGUGUAUCAAGAACAAAUGAGGCCAAACAGGCAAAAAGGAUCCCCAGAUGAAUAUCAGUUAUGUGUUACAUCCUCACCUCCAGACAAAUUACUAAAUGGACAAAGGAAGCAUUCCAAAGAUAGAAACUUCAAAAGACAAACUGAUCUAGAGCAUCCAAAACCUAGGAGAGGCUCAAAAAAUGAAAAUUGGCAACCUUCUUUUAAGAUCCAGUUGAAACGUUCAGUUAAUGGAAGAAAGAUAACAAAUUCUACUAGAGAUAAUUGUAAUGUACCUAAAACUCCUCAUUCCCUACAGCCUAGUAAGUCACAGAAAAGUAUUUUUCAGAUGUUUCAGAGAUACACAAAGUAGUGCUUGGGUAAGGGGAGUGUUGUAUAAUCUAGUGAAGUUCUCUAUCAUAUAUUCUUUAUACAUUUUUCAUUAAUUCUGCUCCGUGGGCAUACUCACUGUCCUUAAUUAAAGGACGGCGUGAUUACAGGGGAGGAAUAUACAAAUGUGUUGCUGCCAAACUUGGUUGCAAGGAAGAGUCCCACUCCUUUCCUUUUUUAAUAACUGGUGUACUAA